GUUGAAUUGUAAUUUUUUUUGUUUCAGAGUCUGUUGACAUUCCGGGAUGUGGCCGUGCACUUCUCUCAGGAGGAGUGGGAAUGCCUGGACUCUUCUCAGAGGGCUUUGUACAUUGAUGUGAUGUUGGAGAAUUACAGCAACCUGGUCUCUGUGGAGAACUACUGCAUAUGUGAAACUGUGCAUCAACACGUGAAGACUGAAAAGGAGUCUUGUCAGUGUAAUGAGCUUGGUGAAAUGCUUCGUGGUCCCUCCAACUGUGCACUUUAUAAAAGAAGUGACGCUGUAGAAACCUCUAAUAACUACAGAUGCUGUAAGGACAGGGAUGCCUCUGUUGACUCAUCAGAGCCAGAUCAACAUACAAGCACGCACACUGGAGAAGAACCUUGCACAUCUAAAAACUGUGAGAAAUCUUUCAGUUUGUGUUCCAACAUUAGGGAAGAUCAAAGACUCUACACUGCAAAGAAAGAGCACAAGCAGGAUGAAUAUGAUGACCGUUUCAGCUCUACAUACAGUCUCAUGCAACAGACAGUUGACAUGGGAGAGAAACCAUAUCAGUGUGGACACUGCAGGAAAUACUUCAAUACCACCUCAAGCCUCAGUUUACAUCAGAGAAUUCAUACUGGAGAGAAACCUUACAAGUGCAAUGUUUGUGAGAAAUCCUUUAAUCAGUGGUCAAGGCUUAAAACACAUCAAAUACUUCAUACUUCAGAGAAACAGUACAAAUGCAAUGAGGGUAGAAUGUCAUUUGUGCAGGUAUUUGCACAGAAAAGCCAUCAGAGAAGGCACACUGGAGAGAAGCCUUACAAAUGUAAGGAGUGUGACAGAUCCUUUGCCCACUAUGCAUCAUUAAGAUGGCAUCAGAAAAUUCAUUCUCCUGAGGUACAUUAUGAAUGCAAAGAAUGUGGUAAGGCCUUUUCUGAAUUAUCUCAUCUUAAAAUGCAUUACAGAAUCCAUACUGUCGAAAAGCCUUACAGAUAUGAGGAAUGUGAUACAUCUAUUACUGUGAAUUCAACUCUUAAAAAUCAUCAGAAAAUUCAUACCAGGGAGAAACCUUAUAGAUAUAGGGAAUGUGACAAAUCUAUUACCAAGUGCUCAUAUCUUAGAACACAUCAGAGAGUUCAUACUGGAAUGAGACCUUAUAGAUGUAUGGAAUGUGACAAAUCUUUUACUACAUGCUCAAAUCUUAGACAACAUCAGAAAAUUCAUACUGGAGAGAAACCUCCCAACUGCAAAGGUUCUGAUAAAUCCUUUCUCCGAAUUUCUAGUGUUAGAAUACAUCAGAAAAUUCAUGCUGGAGAAAGACGUUAUGGAUGUAAGGAAUGUAGCAGAUCUUUUACCUGGUUCUCAAAUCUUAGAGUCCAUCAGAGAGUUCAUACUGGAGAGAGACCAUACAGAUGUAAGGAAUGUGACAAAUCUUUUACUACGGGCUCAAAUCUUAGAGUUCAUCAGAAAAUUCAUCUGGAGAGAAAUUCAUGUAAAGACUGUGACAUAUCCUUUCUGUGGAUUUCAAAUCUUAGAACACAUCAGAAAAUUCAUACUGGAGAGAAACCUUACAAAUGUCCAGAAUGUAACAAAUCUUUUACUAGAUGCUCAUAUCUUAGAGACCAUCAGAAAAUUCAUACGGGAGAAAAACUUUACAAAUGCAAAGACUGUGAUGUAUCUUUUAUGUGGAUAUCAAGUCUUAGAAGACAUCAGAAAAUUCAUACCGGAGAGAAACCUUACAAAUGUAGAGAAUGUGAGAAAUCCUUUACUCAGUGCUCAACUCUAAGAGAUCAUCAGAAAAUUCAUACUGGAGAGAAACCUUACAAAUGCAAAGACUGUGACAUAUCCUUUCUGUGGAUUUCAAGUCUUAGAAGACAUCAGAAAAUUCAUACUGGAGAGAAACCUUACAAAUGUAAAGACUGUGACAUAUCCUUUCUGUGGAUUUCAAAUCUUAAAACACAUCAGAAAAUUCAUACUGGAGAGAAACCUUACAAAUGUCCGGAAUGUAACAAAUCUUUUACUAGAUGCUCCUAUCUUAGAGUUCAUCAGAAAACUCACACUGGAGAGAAACCUUACAAAUGUAAAGACUGUGGUGUAUCCUUUAUGUGGAUUUCAAAUCUUAGAAGACAUCAGAAAAUUCAUACUGGAGAGAAACAUACUGUUGUCAAUAAUGUGACAUAACAUUUAUCUGGUGUUCUCUGCUUGCAAAUCACAAGGAGAUAAGUGAUCAAAAUAUAAAGAUAACAUAACAAGAUUGUUAAAGCCUUUAAUGGCGAUUAAAAUCUUUACAAACUGCAUCAGAGUUUAUCUUAAAAUAAAAUUCUGCAAAUAUA